AUGUCGGGACUGAGCCUUAAAUUGUGGACCGUAGCGUUCUUUUCUUUCUGCUUGGCCGAGAAAGAGCAUGGGAUCGUGUACCCCAGGAUGCUUGAAAGCAGAGCAGCAACCGGAGAGAGGGUGCUCAAAAUCAACGAUGACCUGACGUUGACGCUGCAGAAGAGUAAGGUCUUCGCUGACGACUUUCUCUUCAGUACGACCGAUGGAAAUGAACCUAUUGAUUACUACAUCAAAGCCGAAGAUGCUGAACGUGACAUCUAUCACGACGCAACUCACAUGGCGUCAGUAAGAGUAAAGGACGAUGAUGGUGUGGAAGUGGAAGGAAUCCUUGGAGAGAGGCUUCGUGUUAAACCUUUGCCGGCAAUGGCCCGCACCAGCGAUGGCCUCAGACCGCAUAUGUUGUACGAAGUCGACGCACACGAAAACGAGCGACAACAUGAUUAUGGUUCACCGAAUACAACAAAUACCCCCGUCGAAAGAAGAGCUGGAAGCACAGAACCCCAGAUGUACAGGAUACCAACGGAAAUCUAUCCCGAAGUUCACCUUGUGGUGGAUAGUGCCUUUGCCAAAGAAUUUAAGUUUGAUGUGUACGAAGUUACACGUUACUUCGCAGUACUUACAAAUGCGGCUAAUCUUAGGUAUGCAAGCUUCCAGUCUCCAAAGGUACAGCUUAGGAUCAUUGGCAUAACAAUGAACAAACGUCCAGCAGACGAGCCAUACAUUCACAAUAUACGGGGAUAUGAGCAGUACCGGAAUAUUUUGUUUAAGGAAACACUGGAAGAUUUCAACACUCAGAUGAAGUCCAAAAGCUUUUAUACUACUGCCGAUAUCGUGUUUCUCGUGACAGCAAAAAAUAUGUCCGAAUGGGUUGGUAGAACACUACAGUCAUGGACUGGAGGGUACGCUUAUGUAGGAGCAGCAUGUUCCCAAUGGAAAGUAGGAAUGUGUGAAGACCGGCCGACAAGCUACUACGGAGCUUACGUUUUCGCCCAUGAGCUGGCGCAUAAUUUGGGUUGUCAACACGACGGAGAUGGUGCCAACAGCUGGGUGAAAGGGCACAUCGGAUCUGCGGACUGCCCAUGGAAUGACGGAUACCUUAUGAGCUACAAGAUGCAAGACGAGCGCCAGUAUAAGUUUUCGCCCUGCUGCCAGAGAGAAGUCAGGAACCUGUACAAGCGUCCGGAAUUCAAAUGCCUCACUGAACGAAAAGCGAAAAAAACAAUAAAGCGCUCAUCUAAGCUACCUGGUGUGAUGACAUCAUUAAGCAACUAUUGCCAGUGGGUGUAUAUGUACGAGAAAGGCAUGCACGCGGACAAGGCAUACGGCGUCAGGGACUGCAAGGUAAGAUGCACCGCAAAAACAACCUAUUGGACACUCGGUGUAGUCGACGGUACACCUUGCGGAAAUAAAAAGGCCUGCAUUCUUGGGAAAUGCAGGAACGAAAUCAAAAUAAGCACGAAGGACUAAGAGAUUGAUAUUACCAAAUUAUUCUGCAUAUUCUAGCCACAAGUCUUGGUGUUGAAGUGGCAGCUGAAAUAAAUAAAAAAAAAUCUAAUAUGCGUGAUAGAAAAAGCAGCAAACAAUAAAACUUCUUGA